AUAUUGGUCAGUGGUUGGAUGGAUACUUCGAUUCUCCGUUAAAUUCCCCACCAACAACACAGGUGCUAGUUCAGUGACACUUACUACACCGUACCUAACAUUACCCAUACUCCGCUCGUUUUCUACGGUGAAUCAUGUCUGCGACAAAGAUUAAUCUUUUCUCGUUUUUCUUCUUGUUUUCGAUGAUUCAUGGGUAUUACUCAGAUCUCGACGUGCUGUUGAAGAUGAAAGAAUCCAUGGUCGGACGGGGGAGUUUCGGACUGGGUGAUUGGGCCGCCGGGAACUCGUCGUCUGCUGCCGUGCAUUGCUCCUUCUCCGGGGUUGCAUGCGACGGGGAUUCACGUGUGGUUUCCUUGAACAUUUCGAAUGUUCCGCUCUACGGUACUCUCCCGCCGGAGAUUGGGCUUUUGGAUAGGCUUGUGAGCUUGACUCUUGUUUCCGACAACCUCACCGGCCCGCUCCCGUUGGAGAUGGCGAAGCUCUCGUCCGUUAGAUUCGUUAAUCUGUCGGCCAACGGUUUCGGCGGGGAUUUCCCUCGGGAAGUGUUGCUUGGCAUGGUGGAGCUCCAAGUGUUUGACGUUUAUAACAACGACUUCACCGGGAAUCUUCCCGUCGAGUUUGUGAAGCUUAGAAAGCUGAAGGUUUUGAAACUUGGAGGCAAUUUCUUCACCGGAAAGAUACCGGAAGCUUACUCGGAGAUUAAGAGUUUGCAGAGCUUAGGCUUACAGGGAAACUCGCUCACCGGCGUAAUUCCGCCGAGCCUGGCUAAGCUUCCCAACCUUGAAGAGCUUUGCCUCGGCUAUUUCAAUACGUAUGAAGGCGGCAUUCCCCCGGAACUCGGUUCCAUUACCACUCUUCGACUUUUGGAUCUUGGCGGGUGUAACCUUUCCGGCGAAAUUCCGCCGGAGCUCGGGAACUUGAAGCUGUUGAAUACUCUGUUUCUGCAAAUGAACAAUCUGACUGGUCGUAUUCCGGCGGAGUUAUCCGGUUUGGAGAGUUUAAUGUCCCUGGAUCUUUCCAUCAACGCACUUACCGGCGAAAUUCCUGAAGGUUUUGCUCAACUGAAGAAUAUGACGUUGAUAAACCUGUUCCGGAACAAGUUCCACGGUGCACUUCCCCCGUUUAUAGGCGACUAUCCGAACCUUGAAGUUUUGCAGGUUUGGGGCAACAAUUUCACGUUUGAAUUGCCGGAAAACCUGGGCCGAAACGGCCGGUUAAAGCAGAUGGACCUUGCUUCGAACCGGUUCACCGGCAGAAUACCAAAAGACUUGUGUAUGGGAGGGAGGUUGAAAAUAUUAAUUUUAAUGGAGAACUUCUUCUUUGGACCGAUUCCUGAAGAACUUGGAAACUGCAAAUCCUUGAUUCGGGUUCGUAUGAUGAAGAACUUCCUCAACGGUACAAUUCCUCCCGGAUUCUUCGCUUUACCCUCUCUUGAUCUGCUUGAGCUCCGGGACAAUUACUUCUCCGGCGAGCUUCCGACGGAAUUUUCAGCCAAGAACCUCACCAGUCUUUCCCUCUCCAACAACUGGCUCGCCGGCAAAAUUCCUCCUGCUCUAGGAAACCUACGGAAUCUAGUUACAUUAUCUCUCGGUUCCAACAGAUUCGUCGGAGAAAUCCCAGUUCAAAUUUCAGAAUUACAGAGGCUGGUAACGUUGGAUCUGAGUGGCAACAAUCUCUCCGGCGAAAUUCCGGCUUCGAUCACGCAGUGCAAAGAGCUGUAUUCCGUUGAUUUGAGCGGCAACAAUCUAACCGGAGAAAUUCCAAAGCAAAUCUCCAAGCUACGCAGCUUGAACGCACUCAACUUAUCCCAAAAUCAACUCGGAGGCGCAAUUCCUAGUGAACUCGGCGUAAUGCAGAGCUUGACUGUCUUAGAUCUUUCUUACAACGACCUCUCCGGCAGGAGACCCAUCAACGGGCAGUUGAAAUUCUUCAAUGACCGUCUUUUCGCCGGAAAUCCAAGACUCUGUUCCCCCCAUGCUACAUACUGUCCUUCAGCUUCAACGCCAGGCUCUCACAAGAACCACACUUCAAAGAUGCUAAUAGCUAUGGUAAUUUUGGUCACGGUUACACUAUCCUUCGCCGUUGUGUGGGUAAUAAUUCGAACGGAAACGAUGAAAAGAUCCAGAACUUUUAAGCUCACGGCGUUCCAGAAACUGGACUUCAAAGCCAAAGAUGUGUUGGAAUGUUUGAAGGAGGAGAAUGUAAUAGGCAAAGGCGGUGCCGGGACUGUCUACAGAGGAUCCAUGCUAAACGGCAUGGACGUGGCAAUCAAGAAGAUCGUCGGGCGAGGGACUGGCGAUCAUCAAGAUCGCGGCUUCACGGCUGAAAUUCAGACCCUGGGGAGAAUCAGGCACCGGAAUAUAGUGAGGUUGCUUGGAUAUGUUAAGAACAAUGACACGAAUCUGUUGUUGUAUGAGUACCUGUCGAACGGGAGCUUAGGGGAGAUGUUGCAUGGGAGCAAAGGUGGCCAUUUGCAGUGGGAGACGAGGUACAGAAUAGCUGUAGAAGCGGCGAAGGGGCUGUGUUACUUGCACCACGAUUGCUCGCCUUCCAUCAUUCAUAGAGAUGUCAAGUCGAAUAAUAUUCUGCUCGACUCGGACUAUGAAGCUCACGUUGCAGAUUUCGGGCUGGCGAAAUUCUUGCAUGAUGCUGAUGCAUCCGAGUGCAUGUCCUCCGUUGCAGGCUCCUAUGGCUACAUUGCACCAGAAUACGCGUAUACUCUGAAAGUCGACCAAAAGAGCGACGUUUACAGCUUUGGUGUCGUGUUGCUGGAGUUGAUUGCUGGGCGUAAGCCGGUGGGUGAGUUUGGAGAUGGGGUGGAUAUAGUAAGGUGGGUGAGGAAGACGAUUUCCGAGCUCUCUCAACCGUCGGAUGCAGCUGCGGUGCUAGCAGUGGUAGACUCUCGGCUGAAAGGCUACCCGCUGCAGGGUGUGAUCAACCUGUUCAAGGUUGCAAUGUUGUGUGUCGAGGAUGAGAGCCGCGACAGGCCUACCAUGCGAGAAGUUGUUCACAUGCUAACCAAUCCUCCUGAUUCCGCCGCUACUAUCCUCCCUCUCUGAUGAUAUGGAGCAGGCCAGGCAAAUGCAAAUGAUAAAAAUG